CCUGCAGACCAGGCCGAAUUCAAAGAAGAGGAGGCUUCACGAUGUAGGACGGCUGUUCACCAGUGGGACUCCAUACUGCUCUCUGGGGGGAGGGGGGAGGAGAAGGGGGGGACCAUGGAGCCAGAGGGGCGACCCCUAACCCCAGGGACCAGCUAUGGGCCCGCACCCUCCACAUCAGCACAAAACCCCACCUCCCUCAAAUGCACCUUACGGUCCUCACAAUCUCCAAAUGUGAGAGACGGUCCAAUGCCUGCCAAACGCUCGUGGGUGGCGCGCGCUGGAGACGGGGGCCCAGGGCAGACUGAGGGCGCCCGGCCCAGCUCAGACCCGGGGAGGAGCGCACAGAGGAGAUCCAAGUCCUCAGCCUUUCCUUCCUCCCUGAGCUGGGACUCUGACUCUGAGAGAGAAACACUAGAUGAGGAGGAGCUACAGCACUUUUCUAACCCUCACGGUCUGGCUGCUCACAGCCCGGGAUCCCCUUCUUCUGGACUCAGACUUGACAGUGAAGAGGACCAAGAACCUGAAAAACUACAGCACUUGCGUAGCGAGACCGACUGGUCUACUGCUGUGGAGGGGCACGACGGCGACCAUGAGAGCACAAAGACAGAAGAGCCAAAUACAUCUCAGCUCGGCCCAACAGACUUGGCAGACAGCGACGCAUGGAAUGUAUCCGAGCUGUUUCUGUCCAAAGGAAAACCAAAGGACGGUUGCCAAAUGGAGGAGGAGGAGGAGGAGGAGGAGGAGGAGGAGGAGGAGGAGGUGGGCCAUAGUGAGGGAGAGAAGAGGCCCAAGGGAAAAGAAACCGAGGAGCUUGAGAGGGAUGUUUACACCUUCCCUGGAGACUCGGACCCUGAGAGUCCCCCUCCCGCCCCAUGGGCUCAAUGCACAUUCAUUCAGCGGUGCCGGAAGAAGAGGGUGCUGCUCAGGCCCUUCUCUGGACUUGGCACCUUGAAGUGCACAUCACCUGAGACCAGCAAGAAGCCAAUAGCGAGUCCUCAAAAAUCCAAAACCACUGAGACAGCACAGCUGGAUCGGGCCGCAGAGGUGUACGAUUUUGAGGAUGUCGACUUCAGAGAGACAGCAGUGGAGGAGCUUAAGAAGUUUGGAGAGAGAGGAGGACACAAGGGUGAAGAAGAAGAGCCGGGUGAAGACAUCUUCACCUGCGUGGAAUGUAGCAUUUACUUUAAGAAGCAGGUCCACCUGCAGGAGCACAUCGUUGAGCACUGUCAGAGUGGCGCUGCGGGCGGCAGGCGUUCAGGAAAGGGCGGCCGAUUUCGGUGUGUUGAGUGCGGCUGGAACCUGCCGAAUGGUCUCGCACUGGCCGACCACCACAGGAGGCACCAGGAGUCUCGUCAAAAGAUCAUGGAGGAGAUUGAGAAACUGAACCAAAACGGGAAGGCGAGAGAGAUUCAGAAGUUUGACAGUAAGACGGUGAAGCAUACAAGCUCCGACGUGGCUAUUAUGAGAGAUGCGGGCAAAACGUCAGACCAAGAAAUAGUCACAUCUCUGCCUCAUUCGCCGGCCCCGGUUAAAACACCAGACCCAGCAAUUCUCGACUCGGACGCCGCACCACCGAAUUCAGUUCGAAGUCCAGCUCAGGCCCGAGGUGCUUCCACCUUCCGUCGCCGCUUUGUCUGCACCAAGUGUAACUUCAGCACAAGAACCUCCCAGGCGCUGGCCAAUCACACCAAGACCCACAACAGAAAAAAACCCGCUCUCCAGGCUGACCCCCCUCCCCCUGGUCCACCAUCCUGUUUGGCAUCCACUCCCCUGGCCUGUGGUCAUUGUGCCUUCCUGACCUCCAGUCAAACUGUAAUGAGGGAACACCAGGAACUUGUUCACCCGGCGCAGGUCUCCAUCAGUGGGGCACUGGCUGAUGAGACUGGCCAUCAAAUUUCAAAACCCACCCUAGAUUCUGACCGUCUCUCUGGGUCUGGAUCUGGCUCCUCGCACGAUGCAACUCGAGGGGAAAGCCAGCAAGGAUCCGCUGCCUCUGAGGGCGGCGCUACACCAGACUGCUCUGCAGCUCGGUCCGCAAACCAGGUGGUCUUAAAGUAUGUUGGGAACAGGAGGUUCAGCAGAAGAGGUAAGACUUGGACUGAUCUUGCCAAGUUUCUGGAGGAUGACAAACUGACGGGCAGUGAAGAAGAAGAGCAGGACAAAGAGCAGAGCACAGAGCAGAGCACAGAGCUCAACACCGAGCGUUCCCAACGUGAAGCUAACUCACCUUUUGGAGUGAAACCGCACACCAGAGCACGAUCCAACACAGAGAACUGCUCAGCACAGCAGAGUGCCACAUUAUCGCUCCCCCCCGAGAAGCGUGUGAAGGACGAGGACAAGCCGGAGGUAGAGAAAGAUGGAAAGGUUUUCUUUCUGAGGAGGAGAAACCGGGUUCCCGCUGCUCCCACGGAAACUGACAGCGAAGAUGAGGACGACGACGACAUUGACGAGGAGCAUGUGCGACGGCUCCUGUCGGAGGGCUUCUUGGAUGAAGACCCGGACGAGAUUGAUGAGGACUCGGAGGCGUUCAAGAGUGUGGAGAGGAAGUGCCCCUACUGCCCCGAUCGAUUCCAUAAUGGCAUUGGGCUCGCCAAUCACGUGAGGGGCCACCUGAACCGAGUGGGCGUCAGCUACAAUGUGCGUCACUUCAUAUCCCCAGAGGAAGUCAAUGCGAUUGAGAGGAAGUUCUCCUAUCAGAAGAAGAAGAAAAAAGUCGCCAACUUCGACCCGGACACAUUCAGCGUGAUGCACUGCGAGUUCUGCAGCGCUGGCUUCGACACCCGGGCCGGCCUGUCCAGCCACGCCAGGGCCCACCUCCGUGACUUCGGCAUCACCAACUGGGACGUCACCAUCUCGCCGAUCCACAUCCUGAGGGAGCUGUUCUCCAGCAGGCCCGACCUUGUGAUCCCUACGGCUCCCCCCCGGAGCUCCGGCUCCUCGGAGGAAGGAGACGAGGAAGGGGAGAAGGAAACAGAGGAGGAAGGGGAGGGAAUCAUUGAGGUAAAGUUAGAGGGGGACACAAGGGAGAGGACGCCGAGCACUGGCGCUACGGAUGCACCGCCUUCAGCAUCUCCUAAGCACUUGAAGGAGGAGGACGAUGUAGAAGAGGGUGAAGGUGAGGAGGAGGAAGCAGCUGAGGAUGAUGAGGAGGAGCCCCAGCUUCCAGCUCUGGAUGGUCUGAGCUCGAGCCGGACACAGAAAGCCGGGCUGUGCAGUGUGGACUUGGACGGCCUUGCAGACUCAAAGGUCCACAACUUGAAGUGCGCGUUGUGUGGAGCCCAGUUCGAGACCAGGCGCGGGCUGUCCAGCCACGCCCGCUCUCAUCUGCGCCAGCUGGGCGUCGGCGUCUCCGAGAGCAGCGGGGCACCGAUCGACCUCCUCUACCAAAUCACCAAGGAGCGCCACGUGGACGGCCAGAUAUCGCUUCCAGAGCCCCUUUCCGCCAGAAACUCCUCGGUCCAUCAGAAGGAUGAGGAGCUAGGAGACAUGGACUUAGACGAGAAAGCCAUCGCCCUCUCCAUCCUGGCCAAAACGACGAAAGCAGUGCCACCCUCUUCUUCCUCCACGCCGUCACCUUCCCCCGGCGCCUCUCCAGCUCCGGCUCACUCCGGCUCCCCGUCCUCGGUAGUGAGGAAAGCCCCCAUUUCCUCUUUGCUGCCUGUGUCUUCCCCCUUGCGCUCCCCGGAGCACAAGGCCGGGGGAAUGAAAGGCUUGACCUCCAACCUCUCUGCCACCGUCACGACCAAACCCCUCUGGGCACCUCAGGAGAAUGACGCUCCGCUCAACCUCACACUGGAGGUGGACCCCAACAAGGACAUCGUCUGUCAGCUGUGCGGCGCCUGGUUCGAGACUCGGAAAGGCUUGUCCAGCCACGCGAGGGCCCACCUGCGGCACUUUGGGGUGGAGUACUCCGAAUCCAAGGGUUCUCCCAUCGACCUGCUGAACCAGCUCAUCGACACGGACGACUUCAAGCACAAAGCCGGCGCGCUACAGCUCGACGGUCACGCAGUGCCACGAGGCCUCGCCACCACGCUCUCCGCCCCAAAGCAGUCCCUGCUCAGCCUCUCUUCCUCUUCGUCCGUCCUCUGCAAGGUGACCACAGCCGGCAGAGGGUCCGCGCCCAAAGCUACCUCUUCCUCCUCCCCGUCUCUGCUCGGCCCACCCACCAAGCGUCUCAAGUCCUCCUCCAUGAGGGUCUUCCGCCUGAGUACUGGCGAGCUCAUGGCCCUUCCACACAGUGAACCUCCAAAGGAAAUAGGCUGCGAGUUCUGCGGGGAGUACUUCGAGAACCGCAAAGGUCUCUCAAGCCACGCCCGCUCCCACUUGCGCCAGAUGGGCAUCACCGAGUGGACCGUUAACGGUUCGCCCAUUGACACCCUGAGGGAGAUCAUCACAAGGCGGGGCCUGCCUUGCGCUCUUCCUCUGAAACCUCUCAAAACCCCGCCCCCAUCCUCUCCAGGCCCCCCUCGUUCGCCUCUACCCUCCUCCUCCUCUCCUUCCACCACCCUCCUCAGCCGCCUACCCUUCGCCUUUGCCCGCCCCUCCAGUCCUCCACAGUCCAUGCCGUCUAAAUCAAGCUCUGCUCCACCGACUUCCGCUAGCGGGCUGAUCCUCAAGCUGAAGCCUGAGCCGGUGCAGCUGGAGGUCACCAUGCCGGGAUCCACAGGGAGAUCGCCCGGCUUCUCCAGUGAAGCUCUCAACUGCAGUUGGAGCAGCUCUGACAGUGUGUUCCCUCUCAACUUGGCCAUGGCCCAUGAGGUGGAACCCACGAGAGAUAUUCGCUGCGAGUUCUGCGGGGAGUACUUUGAGAACCGCAAAGGACUCUCCAGCCACGCCCGCUCCCACCUGCGCCAGAUGGGCAUCACCGAAUGGACCGUCAACGGCUCGCCCAUCGACACCCUGAGGGAGGUCAUGCACAAGAGAGGGGUGGGCCCCUCCUCUCACCAGGGAGUGAAGAAGGAGUCGAGCCAGGGGGCCAGCAGUCCGCUGUGGGAGAGCACGGUGGGCAGAGGCGGCUCAGAGGGUUUGGGUGUUUCAAGCUACCAGUCCUCCAAGUUCCGCAAGUCUCCGCUCAGCUUGCUGCAGUCGGGGUCCAGGCUCCACAAGCAGGGUCUUGGAUCCACAUCCUCAAACCCGCCCGCGGGGAAGUUCUUUAGGCUGUCCCCACUGGGAAAAAGGCCUCUUUCUGAGGAGACCCAGCCAGUGGAGACCGCCAACUCACCGCCACAUAAGCUCAAGGCUUUCUCACCGCUGCCACAUGACUUCUCCUUCAAAAGAAAACCCUCCCCAGACAAGCAAGGACACCAGGAUCCCAGUUGCGAGCUAUGCGGCUUCUACUUCGAGAACCGCAAGGCCCUGGCCAGCCACGCGCGAGCCCACUUGAGGCAAUUCGGCGUGACGGAGUGGUGUGUGAAUGGGUCCCCCAUCGAGACGCUCAGCGCCUGGAUGCGCAGCAGGCCACAGAAGGUGCUGGAGAUGCAUCGCAGCUACAUGCAGGGCAACCGCUCCACCCUUAAGAAGAAGAGCAGCUCACCUCUUUCUGCGCCAAUGGAUUCUGAUCAUAUCCUCCCCAUCUCAUCACAGAAGGCCUCCUCUUCCUCCUCAUCCUCCUCCUCGCAGUGGUCGUCUUCUUUGGCUGUAAGCCUGGUGCGGCCGCUGAGCCGCGAAGUCAUCCAGGGCUCUUCCAAGACCGCAGAGGGUGAAGCCGGGUUCAACAUAGCUGUUCCGUUCAGGCCUGGUCGAGGCAGUCCAAGCCCCUCACGGUUCUCCGGCGGCAGCCUCCCGCUCCAAGCACAGGUGGCACGCAGUGAGCUUAACGUCCGCCUUCCAAGAGGUUAUGAGCGUCGGCCCUUGAAGCACCCGUCGUUCCCAGACGGAACGGAGAGCCCUCCAAAACCCCCCCGCACAGGCACCAUCCCCGCCCUGGUGCCCAAACCGCCCUCCUACCCGCUGGUCAAACUGGUGGGCAAGUUCUACACCCUGAAGUGCCGAUUCUGCGAGGUGGAGUUUCACGGCCCGCUGUCGGUGCAGGAGGACUGGAUCCGACACCUCCAGCAGCACAUCCUCAAGAUGAACUACAACAAGUCCGCCGCACCCAAAGCCGCCCCCGCUGAACCCCCUGCCCCGGUCGAAGCCUCUGCCCCGGUCCAGGCCCCUCCCCCGGCCUCCACCUCUACCUCCAUUACCACCUCCACCACGCCUGCCCUCGCCUCCGAUCCGGCCUGCGACACGCCUCCCGACGGCCCCUCCACUACACCCCCUGUGGCUGAGUGUGCUCCACCUGUCACUGCCACAGAGAUUGUAACGGUCUCGGAGAAGCAGCUCACCCUAUCUCCAACUUCUAUCCCUCUCCCCACCCAGACAGUGUAAGCUCAAACUCAUCGCUGUUAUAUAACCCCCUUGUUGCUUUUUCCUGCCUUUUUUUUUUUUUUUUUUUUAUAUAUCUCUUCGUCCAUCGCUUCUUUCCUUUUUGGCCUUGACAAAGUGUUGUUGAGAGAGGAUCGUUUCCCCUCCAAAGAGCCCUCUGAGCCCAAAGCACCUUUUGAAGCAGCUUUCUGAACUGUUACUAAGUCCCGUUGCCAGGGGAACGAAGAUCUCCUGGCUUAUUGGCGACUCUGGCAAGUAUCACGAGGAGAGAUGAACUAAUGUUUUGUGAUUGCCUUGUUUCUAUUGAAUGUCCAGGUGUUGACGGGCGCCUAACCCAGUCACCUGGUGAUAUAGGGGUUAAUGUAGCCCUUUAUCAAGCUUCAAGCCCUCCCGUCUGCUACAGUUUAACCCCCCAUUCCCUUUAUGAACUGUGCGCUACUAAGACCGGUGAGACUUUGACUAUUUCUAUCAGCACCUGGGUAGCGCCGGCCUCUCACCUAAAGGUCCCGACUGAGAUUUAAGGACACUUUUAAUCACGCUAGUCUCUUAUGGUCGAGACUUCAAACAUAUGGUGACACUAAGUGUUAAAACAAGCACUUUUGACGGCGACAUUGGCACUCGGCACUUCCUGAAACGCUCAUUUUUAAAUGGGCGGAUUCGACUAAAGGACUAAUUCCAAUUGGUUAAAGGAGCAAGUGGAAGCACACCCAAAAAGGGAAACUCCCCCUUGUUGAUUUUACAGUGUAAUUUACCUCCCCAAAAUAUACAUUUUGCUUGAAUGUAGCUUAAAGCACCUAUUAAAAAUCCUAUUCUGCACACCUUCAUAAACAAUCAAACAUACGCCCAAUGUUACUGUACUAUUGAUGGUUUUACAUUUCAUAAUGUUACUACUCCAAGGUCUGCUGCUUUCAGCAGAUAGUAGCUUUUUUUUGAGAAGCUGGGCCAAGGUUACACUUUUUUCAAGUUUUUCCAUUCACAGUGUUGCCAUUUUCUUCCUGCCUUUUUUUUUUUCAUUUUAACCCAAGUUAUUAUUUAUUUAUUAUUAUGCAUCUGAAUGUGGUAAGCUAGGUCAUUUUAAAGCUAAAGUAGAACUUUGGAAUGUUUGAAAAUAGGUCAGCGGUGCACUUUUACACUAGUGCACACUGUGUGUGUGUGUGUGUGUGUGUGUGUGUGUGUGUGUGUGUGUGUGUGUGUGUGUGUGUGUGUGUGUGUGUGUGUGUGUG